GCCGGCGCGCGGUUUCGCCAGCUGCUCUCGUUCUCUAUGGUUCCAUGGAGGUCUGUGGGCAGGGAGUCCCGUGACGAGUGGCUUGAUACGCGGUGACGGUGGCCGGCAGGAAAAACCGGAGCCUCCUUGAGCUUCUAAUGAAGAUUUUUUGAUUAUCUAAGCACCAAUAGCUGAGUUUUCUGAUAUUGAAUGUCUGGAUCCAACAUGUAGCAGAUAGCUACUAUGUCAUCGCACUUGUUACUUCUAGCCCACACUUUUGUCUUUUAAAACUCCUUAUAUAUCAGCAGUGAAUGAAUCAUCUUAAAACUUGCUUUUUUGGACUUUGUUAACUAAAAUUCAAGUUGGAUUUCAACUGGUAUUGAUUAAACUGAGGAACAAUGAGUAGUAGUCUUGGAAAAGAAAAAGAUUGUAAGGAGAAGGAUCCCAAAGUGUCUUCAGCAAAAGAAAGGGAAAAAGAGGCCAAGGCCUCUGGUGGAUUUGGGAAAGAAAGUAAAGAUAGAGAGUCUAAGACCAAAGGGAAGGAAGCCAAAGAUGGGAAGAAGGACUCCAGUAGUGCACAGCCGGGUGUGGCUUUUUCAGUAGACAACACAAUAAAACGGCCUAACCCAGCUCCGGGUGCCCGCAAAAAAUCCAGUAAUGCUGAGGUGAUCAAAGAGCUAAACAAAUGUCGGGAAGAAAAUUCAGUACGUUUGGACUUGGCUAAGAGGUCUAUACAUCUGCUCCCAUCAUCUAUCAAAGAGUUAACCCAGUUGACGGAACUUUAUUUAUAUGGAAACAAGUUACAGUCACUACCUGCUGAGGUGGGCUGUCUCGUGAAUCUGGAAACUUUGGCCUUAAGUGAGAACUCACUCACCAGCCUUCCUGACUCUCUUGGUAACUUGAAACAGCUUCGCAUGGUUGAUCUACGGCAUAACAAAUUGAGAGAGAUUCCUCCUGUGGUGUAUAGGCUAACUUCCCUUACUACACUUUAUUUGCGCUUUAAUCGUAUCACUUCAGUGGAAAAGGAUAUCAGAAAUUUGUCGAAUCUCACCAUGCUAAGCAUACGGGAGAACAAAAUCAAACAACUCCCUGCAGAAGUUGGUGAGUUGUGUAACCUCAUAACGCUGGAUGUAGCCCACAAUCAGCUUGAACAUCUUCCAAAAGAGAUUGGAAAUUGCACACAGAUCACCAAACUUGACCUACAGCACAAUGAACUUUUGGACCUUCCAGACACUAUAGGAAAUCUAUCUACUUUGAAAAGUCUUGGUCUGAGGUAUAACCGUCUCUCAGCAAUACCCAGGACUCUAGCACAAUGCAGUAAACUUGAUGAGUUGAAUUUGGAAAAUAACAUUAUUUCUACUUUGCCAGAGGGUCUGUUAUCCAGUCUUGUGAAUCUGACUAGUCUGACUCUGGCAAGGAACUGUUUUCAAUCCUAUCCAGUGGGUGGCCCUUCACAGUUCUCUACUAUCUACGCUCUCAAUAUGGAGCAUAACCGCAUUAAUAAAAUUCCUUUUGGAAUCUUUUCUAGAGCAAAAGUAUUAAGUAAGCUGAACAUGAAGGUAAGGCUUUGUUUCAGGAAUAUGAAUUUUCUGGUGUAAAAUAAAAUGUUGUAUGAAAUGGCAGCCAAAUAGAGUUGUGGCAGAUACCAUGGAUACCUGAUACUAUAGGAUGAAUUUCCCAGGAUUAAUUG